GUUUAAUUUUUAACUAUCAUGGUUGGAACUAAAGCAGGUGUGUGACCCAACUUUCCCGUCAGUGUUUAUAAGGGCAAAGGCUUGCCCUAAACACCACACAGUGUUUGUCUGUUCACCGGAGUGUAAAAUCCUAAAAACCAUGAGGGUCGUGGUGCUGUUGGUGAGUCUGUUGGCAGGCUGCCUGGCAGAGAAGCCUCAUCCUUGUGAAAGUCCUGCUCUUCUGACCGGGAUCCUCAGUGUGUCCACACAGAAUGAAAAGUUGUGGACCUAUGCCAAAUACAUGUAUGAUGCUCUGGGACAGAGAGUGCGCAUCAUGGAGCUGGGCACCUACGAGAACAAAUCAUUCACCUACGAUGCACUGCUGCUCUUCAGAGAGGCUACCAUGUAUGAAAUCCACCAACAUAACCGAACAUGUAAGAAGCUUCCUCUGAAAGCAGACUUCCAGCCCAUGGCCAUUCCCAAAGAUGCAAGUUUUGUGGGUCAGUUUGUUCUGGGCAGCUCAUCUGGRCCGGGAGAGGGUCUCCUAGUCAACUCUUGGGCAGGAGAUUUGCCGGACAAAUCAGGACAGUAUGUGUCCUCAGUCACUGAGUUUGGCUGCAUUCCCAUCACCUCUGCCUCCCACACCAAGGAGUUUGGAUGGGUGGUGACCAGUUUCAUCAACAACAUCAAGGGGAUUCCAGAYCCCAGUAAACUCAAUCCACCAGACUUCUGCCCUGAUGUAGAGAUGGACAGUGAGGAGGACCCCAUACACUUUCUCAGCUUGUUUCUUAGCAAGAAAUGAAGACUUUAUUUCUUGGGAUCUGCUUGACAAAUCAUCAAUAAAGACAUUCUUUUUUUUUUCAUUGCCGAAAAAUUUGGUAUUCAUGCAGUUUACCUCAGUUUUAACACAUACUUCGAAAAGCAACUGUGGCAACAGUACACUCAUUUUUAUGAUCUGRGUGAGCUGAAGUUUUUCCUCAAGAAUGAAUAGAAGCAGAAAAUUGGGCUUUAGUUCAAAUUUAAAUUUGAUUUUAUUACCUUUGCCUGUCUGGUUUUGAAUUGCAUACUUUCAACUGUGCAAUGCACUAAUGUGAAAUUACAAGUGAUGUAUAUUAAAAAAAUGUAAAAUAAAUUAAAAUUUACUCACUAUGCUGUCAUUUAUGAUAUUGUAAAUGGUGAUAGAAAUUGAUGUCAAAGUUUUCAAUAAGCAUAUUCAAUGUAGUAAGUAUGAUCAAAUUCAUGAUGAAAGUACCAUUUCUUGAAGGACUUUUUUGAAUAAAAAUGAGUAGGUUGAGUACUCAACUUUU